GGCAGUGUUCCUGAGCGUUGCUGGAGCAGAAGCUCUUCCCCCAGAGGGAGGGACGGACCGGGCAGCAGGCACCAUGGAGCCCCCGUCGGCCCCUCCCCGAGGAGGACGCGUCCCCUGGCAGGAGGUCCUGCUGGCAGUCUCACUCUUAACCUUCUGGAACCCGCCCACCACUGCCCAAGUCACUGUGGAAUCGGUGCCGCCCAGUGUGGCUGAAGGGAAGGAUGUUCUUCUGCGAGUCAACAAUCCGCCUGGGGAUGCUAUAGGCUAUAACUGGUUCAAAGGGGAAACUGUAGUGCCCAGACAUCAAAUUGUAUUAUAUGCAGUAGACACACAAGUAACUACCCCAGGGCCUGCACACAGCGGCAGAGAGACAAUAUACCCCAAUGGAUCCCUGCUGUUCCAGAACAUCACCCUGAACGACACAGGAUACUACACUGUACAAAUCACAAAGAGAGAUGUUCAAAUUGAACAAGUAACAGGACAGCUACGUGUAUUCCCGGAGUUACCCAAACCCAACAUCGCAAGCAACAACUCUGAUCCCGUGGAGAAUGUGGAUUCUGUUGUAUUAACGUGUGGACCUCAGACUCAGAGCACAAGCCACCUGUGGUCAGUAAACAAUGAGAGCCUCUCGGCCAGCACCAGGCUGCAGCUGUCCCUGGACAACAGGACUCUCACUAUACACGGUGUCACAAGGGAUGACACAGGACCCUAUGAGUGUGAAACUCGGAACCCAGUGAGUGCCGGUCAUAGUGACCCAUUCACCCUGAAUGUUCUCUAUGGCCCGGACGCCCCCACCAUUUCCCCCUCAGACUCCUCUUACCAUCCAGGGGCCAACCUCAGUCUCUCCUGCCACGCAGCCUCUAACCCGCCUGCACAGUAUUCUUGGUUUAUCAACGGGAGGCCCCAGCCAUUCACACAGGAGCUCUUUAUCCCCAACAUCACUGCGAAUGAUAGUGGAUCCUAUACCUGCCUCGCCUAUAACUCUGGCACUCGGCUCAAUAAGACCACAGUCAAGACUAUCACAGUCUCUGAGCCAGUGGCCCGGCCCUCUCUCCAUGCCAGCAACACCACAGUCACAGGAAAUAAGGACUCUGUGGUCCUCACCUGCUCCACAAAUAACACUGGGGUCUCUAUCGGGUGGCUCUUCAAUGGCCAGAAUCUAAAGCUCACAGAGAGGAUGAAGCUGUCCCAGGACAACAGCACCCUCACCAUAGACCCUGUCAGGAAGGAGGAUGCCGGGAAAUACCAGUGUGAGGUCUCCAACCCAGGCAGUUCCAGUCAAAGUGACCCUGUCCAACUGGUUGUGGAAGAGCCAGUGGCCCGGCCCUCUCUCCAUGCCAGCAACACCACAGUCACAGGAAAUAAGGACUCUGUGGUCCUCACCUGCUCCACAAAUAACACUGGGGUCUCUAUCGGGUGGCUCUUCAAUGGCCAGAAUCUAAAGCUCACAGAGAGGAUGAAGCUGUCCCAGGACAACAGCACCCUCACCAUAGACCCUGUCAGGAAGGAGGAUGCCGGGAAAUACCAGUGUGAGGUCUCCAACCCAGGCAGUUCCAGUCAAAGUGACCCUGUCCAACUGGUUGUGGAAGGUGAUUUAACGCAACCAAAUUCUGGCCUCCCACCUGGGGCUAUUGCGGGCAUCGUGAUUGGAGUCCUGGCUGGGGUUGUUGUGAUAGCAGCCCUGGUGUACUUUCUGUUUAUCAGAAAGACUGGCGGGGCAAGUGACCUGCGUGAUGUCACAGAGCACAAACCCUCAGCCUCCAACCACAGUCAGGAACACUCUGACAAUUUGUCUAACAAGAUUGAAGAAGUUGCAUAUUCUUCCCUGAACUUCAAUGCCCAGGAACCAAAGAAAUCAACCUCAGCCUCCCCAUCCCCAGCAGACACAGAAACGGUGUAUACAGAAGUACAAAAGAAGUAACGCAACCUGUCCUGCUCGCAACCUGUCCUGCUCGCAACCUGUCCUGCUCUCUGUGCUCACUCUUUCCAAGCGUCUCAUCCCCAUCACUGUGGGAUCCCUUUACCCUCAGGGAAAAGGGGAGGAAGCCUCUUUCCCCACCUCACUCCCUAACGAGGCACCUCCAGGCUGCCUGGUCAUAGCCCCUCCCUUCAGUGUCAAUAGAUGAAAAGGUACAUCCGGGAUUCUAGGAAACCCAAGCUUCCCUGUCAUUGAAAUUUGGCAAAGCAGACGUUGGGAAGUUGCCACAACCUCUGCCCCUCCUCCUUCCCUUGUUUUAAACUUACCUAUUCAGAGCAUAGUCAUUCCUUCCUGCCCCAGUCCUGCCCUACUGGAGUCUAACUUGAAUUUACCUUGAGAGUCCUCUCCUGAUCCACUAAAAUGCACGUGCCAGAAAAGAAGAGAGAGAAGAAGUAAAAGUAAAAACUUAUAUCUCUUCAAAGCCCCGUGUGAACCCCACCCUGCACAGGAAAACAAAUAUGCUGAAUGGGGAUGCUGAACUAUACCUUUGUCUACUGUCAAAGUUGUCUACCAGGGCCUGAACACCUUGCUGCUUAACUAGAAAGCCACCUAAGCCAUUUGACAAGCCUGUCUUCAGAGAACCCACUGGAAGCAAUUAGGAAAAUUAUUCACUGAGGUCUACAGGUGAUUCCUAAUGGAAAAUGCAAAAAAAAAAAAAAAAUGUAUGUAUGUUUCAUAAGCCCACAGAAGGAGGGCUUACAGCUUCAGGGAGCAGUCAGCUCUUAGUAGAGAUAAUCAGCUGGGAAUUUGGGAAAGGAGUCAGAGAGCUACCCUUCAGAGAUUAUUUAAAUAAUUGUUAAAGAAUGCAGUUUGGUGUGUUAGGUUUUUUCCCUGAGAUACUCUGCCAUUUUAGUUUUUGCAACUGCUUGUUUGUGUGAAAGGGGCUAUUUCUACUUAGCUAUGUAAGCCAACCUGACUGCCUUCAGUGAAAGAAGCCACCAAGACCCCUCAAGUCCCCUCGGCCAGGAGCUCCUCGAGGUGUUUAUGUCGGGGGCUCCAAAACAGAAAAGCAGUAGCAGCGGUUUUCCUCCUUCGUGGCUAGAACUGGGUCUAACUCAGUUUCCCGGCAUCUCAGUCCAGUCUUCAACCGCCAUUGCUCUCCACGUCUCUGCUGCACAUGGUGUGUGCCCCACUCACUUUCUCAGGAGACCUGGCCUCUGCCAAGGUUCCACUGGUCCUUGAGAAGUGGGGGUGCCCUGAAGGGAACACACUCACGCCCCUGUUGGCAUUGCUUACCUCCCUGGAAAGCUGCCCUGGUGCUGAUGCUCCUGGGGAACCAGGGCUGUGAGGGGUGUCAGGACAGGGGAGGGUGAUAACUGGGUCAGAGGCAUCUUGAAUAGCCUCGGAAAUGUUUUCUCCCAUGGGGGUCUAUGAGCCCCAGUGUGCAGAAUAGAAAGGAAGGGCAGGAGAAGGAAAGGCAACGUACUUCCUACCCAGCCUUCUCCCACACAGUCUCUUUGGGGCUGUUGAGAAAGGGGUUUUAUUCGAUAUUGAUUACUUGAUGUCAUGCUGUGUCUGAGGCCCCUCAAAGAGGGCGAGUUGGGAAUUCUCUGUACUCAGGUACCUCUUUCAAGGGUUUUCUAACCCUGACACAGUCUGUAUAUACUUCCCCUCAUCCAUGCUAUUCUGUGUUAUUUAAUUUUGUCUGGCUAGGGCCACUUCUGAAUUAUUUGUAAAAUCUCUAUAUUUAUAAUAAAAAUUGUAAAGUAAACAUGAA